AUGCUGGUCGCUAUAAACUCCAUCCUGCAGAUGGUCUUGUUCGCACCUAUUGCGAUACUCUUCAUCCGCGUUAUUGGAGGUUCAGAAGGCGGCAUGCCCAUUGAUUAUUCCCUUGCUGCAAAAAGCGUCGGUGUCUUCCUCAGGAUUCCUCUAGGGACUGCUAUUGUCACCCGUUUUUCAUUGAUAUUCUUGAUCGGCAAGGAACGGUACAACAAGAAGUUUCUGGAGUGGACCAGCCCACCGUCAUUGAUUGGUCUUUUGUUCACGAUUCUCAUGCUGUUCGCUUCACAGGGCAAGCAAGUCGUGCAUCAAAUUGUCUCUGUUAUACGAGUGGCAGCUCCACUGAUCGUCUAUUUCUCCGUCAUGUUCCUCACUACCCUUGCAGUGACGCGCCGCUGUGGCUUUGGUUACAAAUUAUCCUGCACUCAAAGCUUUACAGCCGCUAGUAACAAUUUCGAGCUCGCAAUUGCAGUGGCCAUAGCAACAUUUGGCGCGAAUAGCGAUCAAGCACUGGCAGCAACUGUUGGCCCCCUGAUUGAAGUUCCCGUCCUCCUGGGUUUGGUGUAUGCUACCAAGUACUUCGCCAAGCGACGGAAAUGGGAAGCAUAG